AGCUUGGACCGGGAGCCCAGAGCUCAGCUGGGCAGCGGGAGAGGAGGAGCCGCAGGAACUGCAGCUCUGCCAGCUUGGGCCGAGCCUAGAGACACCGGCCUGGCUGGUCCACGCCAGCCGCAGACUGUGGCUGAGCAUGGAGCUGUCCCCUCGCAGCCCUCCAGAGAUGCUGGAGUCCGAUUGCCCGUCACCCCUGGAGCUGAAGUCAGCCCCCAGCAAGAAGAUGUGGAUUAAGCUCCGGUCUCUGCUGCGCUAUAUGGUAAAGCAGUUGGAGAAUGGGGAGGUAAACAUUGAGGAGCUGAAGAAAAACCUGGAAUACACCGCAUCUCUGCUGGAGGCCGUUUAUAUCGAUGAAACACGGCAAAUCUUGGACACAGAGGAUGAACUGCAGGAGCUUCGGUCGGAUGCUGUGCCUUCUGAGGUGCGGGACUGGCUGGCCUCCACCUUCACCCAGCAGACCCGAGCCAAAGGCCGCCGGGCAGAGGAGAAGCCUAAGUUCCGAAGCAUUGUGCAUGCUGUGCAGGCUGGAAUUUUUGUGGAGCGGAUGUUCCGGAGAACAUAUACCUCUGUGGGCCCCACUUACUCCACUGCAGUCCACAACUGUCUCAAGAACCUGGACCUCUGGUGCUUUGAUGUCUUUUCCUUGAACCGGGCUGCAGAUGAUCACGCCUUGAGGACCAUUGUUUUUGAGUUGCUGACUCGACAUAACCUCAUCAGCCGCUUCAAGGUUGGGCAGCAUCCUACUUCUUCCUCUAGGCAGAAUAUUCCAUUCCUUUCCUUCUGUUCUUAAAAGAUUCCCAAC